AUGGCGAUGGAUCGUCUCAACAGAAGUCGACGGGACAAGCUCGACUGGGCUGCCAAGUUAGGCUUGGGGCCACUGGCAGGUGGCGAAGCAGUGCCCGGGCAAGGCCCCGUGCCGGGCAAUGCCAAGGAGGCGCAAACCCAACGAAAGCAGGCGGAGGAAAUGGCCGAGCUGCGCCGGCGCAUCGAUGAGAAGCAGGCCGAGGUGGCCUCGACGAAGCCGCCACAGGCAGAGGAGGAGGUGGAUGCUUCCGGCUUCUUGAAUCCGAACGCCAAGGCCAGUGGGAAGAAAAAGGCGGCGCCCAAAAGCGUCCUGGAGCUCCGGAUCGGCCAGAAGCCAACCGUGGUUGUCACCUCGCGACCGGACGACGAGCCGCCACCUGGGCCUGCGGACCAAGAGCCAGGGGAAGAAAAGGAUGAGAAGGACCUGAAGGCAGAGCGCCGGGCCAAGCAGAAGGCUGCGACAAGAUUCCAGGAUGUGGAGGAGGAGUAUUCCCUCGAUAGCCAGGGCCGCGAAAAUCGGCGGGGUAGAAAGAAAAAGAGAAGAGCGGGGAGACCAUUGGAAGAGGAGGACUCGGACGAAAGGCGCUACCGAAGCCGUUCGGGCCCGGCAGGGCGCCUCUCGGAGGAUCCAUGCGGACGGGAUCGCGGAGACCGAAGUCGUUCAUACGAUC